AUUGUCAAAUCAACGCAGCAGACGUCAAUUUAUAGCAGACAUUAUCCACAUCGUUAAAUUGAUCACAUUAUAGCAAAUUCAGCACGAGGAGCUCGUACAUUUGUUAAUUUUACACUUUACGUUAAUUUAAUCAGUAAACAAGAUGUACCCCGUUGGUCAACCUCCAGCGGGGGAAACGAGUGGUGGUACAGUGGGUGUGACGGGAGGGGUGAGCACGGCGGCGGGGACGACGGGCACGGCGCCCGGGGCCGCCAGCGCGGUGGCCACCACGGGCACGCCGGGCGCCGCCGUGGCGCCGGGCACGGGCACCAUGGCGCUCGUGUCGCCCGUCGCCGCGCCGCCGCCAGACCUGCCCGUGCUCACAUGCCCGCGGCGUCCCAAUCUCGGCCACGAGGGGAGGCCCAUCAUGCUUAGAGCAAAUCACUUUCAAAUAUCCAUGCCGCGAGGAUAUGUCCAUCACUAUGAUGUUAAUAUACAACCAGAUAAGUGUCCACGGAAGGUGAAUAGAGAAAUUGUAGAGACUAUGGUUCAUUGUUAUAAUAAGAUAUUUGGUGCCCUCAAGCCAGUGUUUGAUGGCAGGAAUAACCUUUACACAAGAGAUCCUCUGCCCAUUGGCAAUGAUAGAGUAGAACUGGAAGUCAUCUUGCCUGGAGAAGGCAAGGAUAGAGUUUUUCGAGUGACAAUCAAAUGGGUAGCUCAGGUUUCAUUGUUUGCAUUAGAAGAGGCUUUAGAAGGUCGAACAAGACAGAUACCAUAUGAUGCCAUUUUAGCAUUGGAUGUAGUAAUGAGGCACCUGCCAUCAAUGAUGUACACCCCAGUGGGGCGCUCAUUCUUCUCGUCACCCGAAGGCUAUUAUCAUCCCCUGGGUGGUGGCCGAGAAGUCUGGUUUGGUUUCCAUCAGUCAGUGAGACCAAGCCAAUGGAAAAUGAUGCUUAAUAUUGAUGUAUCUGCCACUGCAUUUUACAAGGCUCAACCUGUCAUAGAAUUUAUGUGUGAAGUAUUAGACAUUCGAGAUAUUAAUGACCAAAGAAAACCAUUGACUGAUUCACAAAGAGUGAAAUUCACAAAAGAAAUAAAGGGUUUGAAAAUCGAGAUCACUCAUUGUGGCACCAUGAAGAGGAAAUACCGCGUAUGCAACGUAACGCGGCGGCCCGCACAAAUGCAAUCAUUCCCGUUGCAACUAGAGAAUGGACAAACUGUUGAAUGUACAGUCGCGAAAUAUUUCCUAGACAAAUACAAAAUGAAGUUAAGAUAUCCACAUUUACCCUGCCUGCAAGUCGGACAGGAACACAAGCACACAUACUUGCCCCUGGAGGUGUGCAACAUUGUCCCAGGACAGAGAUGUAUCAAGAAACUGACGGACAUGCAAACAUCUACCAUGAUCAAAGCCACGGCCCGCUCGGCACCCGAUAGGGAGCGUGAAAUCAACAACUUAGUGCGCCGCGCGAACUUCAACACGGACCUGUACGUGAAGGAGUUUGGGCUGACCAUCUCCAACAACAUGAUGGAGGUGCGCGGGCGCGUGCUGCCGCCGCCCAAGCUGCAGUACGGCGGCCGCGUCUCCUCGCUCGGCGGCCAGGCGCUACCCAACCAGGGCGUGUGGGAUAUGCGCGGCAAGCAGUUCUUCAUGGGCGUGGAGAUCCGCGUGUGGGCCAUCGCCUGCUUCGCGCCGCAGCGGACCGUGCGCGAGGACGCGCUCAAAAACUUCACCCAGCAACUGCAAAAGAUCUCAAACGACGCGGGCAUGCCGAUCAUCGGGCAGCCGUGCUUCUGCAAGUACGCGACGGGGCCCGACCAGGUGGAGCCCAUGUUCAAGUACCUCAAGUCCACCUUCGUGCAGCUGCAGCUCGUUGUGGUCGUGCUGCCCGGGAAGACGCCCGUAUACGCGGAAGUAAAGCGGGUCGGCGACACAGUCCUGGGCAUGGCGACGCAGUGCGUGCAGGCCAAGAACGUGAACAAAACAUCUCCGCAAACCCUCAGCAAUCUGUGCCUCAAGAUCAACGUCAAGCUGGGCGGCAUUAACUCCAUCUUAGUGCCGUCGCUGCGUCCUAAGGUGUUCAACGAGCCGGUGAUCUUCCUGGGCGUGGACGUGACGCACCCGCCGGCGGGCGACAACAAGAAGCCGUCGAUCGCGGCGGUGGUGGGCAGCAUGGACGCGCACCCGUCGCGGUACGCCGCCACGGUGCGCGUGCAGCAACACAGACAAGAGAUAGUUCACGAGAUGAGCAGCAUGGUGCAGGAGCUGUUGAUCAUGUUCUACAAGAGCACGGGCGGGUUCAAGCCGCACCGCAUCAUCAUGUACCGCGACGGCAUCUCCGAGGGGCAGUUCAUACACGUGCUGCAGCACGAGCUCACGGCUGUGCGCGAGGCGUGCAUUAAGUUGGAGGCGGAAUACAAGCCGGGCAUAACAUUCAUCGUAGUGCAGAAGCGGCAUCACACGCGGCUGUUCUGCGCCGACAAGAAGGAGCAGUCCGGCAAGUCGGGCAACAUCCCCGCCGGCACCACCGUCGACCUCGGCAUCACCCACCCCACGGAGUUCGACUUCUAUCUCUGCUCGCACCAGGGCAUUCAGGGCACGUCGCGACCGUCCCACUACCACGUACUGUGGGACGACAACCACUUCGGGUCGGACGAGCUGCAGUGCCUCACGUACCAGCUGUGCCACACGUACGUGCGCUGCACGCGCUCCGUGUCCAUCCCCGCGCCUGCGUACUACGCGCAUCUCGUCGCCUUCCGCGCCCGCUACCAUCUGGUCGAGAAGGAGCACGACUCGGGAGAAGGCUCCCACCAGUCCGCCUGCAGCGAGGACCGCACGCCCGGCGCCAUGGCGCGCGCCAUCACCGUGCACGCCGUCACCAAGAAGGUCAUGUACUUCGCUUAGACCGCCCACGCCUACGCCCUACGCCCUACGCCUGCUGCGGUGCACGCUAUGACCAAUACAUGAAGUAGGUACGUGCCGCACCCGCAACGUUCCGGACGCACGUAUGACUGUGCGCUGCUGUGGACUUAAGUGACAGUCGAGCUCCUCAAUUAAGUUGCUUUAAUCUGACCAAUCAGCGAAUCUAAAUGUGACAAAAAUAUAACAUGAAUAAUUGAUGACCCAUAAUAUUUUUCGGCAGAUUUGGACGCGGUUAGUUAUAAAUAAUUAGAUUACGUGAUACUUCGAUAGAAAUAUAUUUUAUGGGAGUUAAUAAGGCAUACACAGGCGUCAAGUGACGUGAGGCUACACUCGAGAGCAAUGAAAACGAGGCACAUUGUUUAAAAUUUCCAUAGAAAAUUACCACUUUUCAUUGUUCUUCAUUAUACAUAUUAGUGUGACUUACUCAACGUUAAAGCCAACUAUGACGUUGCUAAACAUGGAUAAGGUCUUAAUGUGAACGCUGAAGUAGUGAGUGGGUUUAAAUAAAUUGUAUAAUGGCGAGCUGGAUGAGGUCGUACAAUCGUCAAACAUAUGUUUACUCUUUUGCAGAAUAUUUCAUAUUAAUAAGAUUAAGAAUCUAUAUACAAAUGUCUGGCGUCGACCGUACAGUGGCUAGUAGUGCAAUGGUAACUGGUCGAGUCGAGGCGUGAUCUAGUGAUUGAUUCAUUGAUUUAUCCACAAAUCGUUUCUCUUUGCGGUUAUUGUGUGCCUUUAAGAACAGUAUAACUAGUAAAAAUUUAAUCAGCCUUAAUGUAACCAAUAAACUUUAUCUUUGAAAUGGAUCGUAUCACUUUCAAGCUAUGGAAUUAGUACUCUUAAGUAAUAAUAGUAUAAUGUGUUAUGUAUCAAUAUUAGAAAUUUCACUGUGAAUCUGAAGACGUCAAUAUGACCUUAGAUGCUCAACAGUAAAAUACUUAACAAGGCAAUUCUCGAGUUCAGUGUUCUGUUUUCAGUCAAUAAGUAUUAGUACCUAUUAUUGUCAGGUACAGAGGCAGGCGUGUAAGUUUACGCGCGCUACUUGCGUUUCAUAUGUAUCUGCUACAUACAAAGUAAUGAGCCUUAUUUAGAUAUUGAUCACCCCUUAUAAUUAGUCACAAAUUCAUUUUAUAUGAAUCUCGGUUUAAUCUAAAAGCGAUUCUCCCUACUCCCCUCCGAAUCUGCCUCCUUUUUGUAAGAUCGAAUGGGAAAGCAACCCUUUCUUUGAUUGUUGGUCAUAAAAAUAUCUAUGUUAUCGCGAUAUCUGACUCAAUUUAUAGUAAAAUUUAAUACAGUUGUUGCUGAAAAUAUGGCAGUUAACAUAUAUACUUGUCAUCAUGUUUUUAAGUUGUUUGCAUCUUUUUGCAGCUGUUAUUAAUAGUAUGCUGGUUUACGAUUAUUCGAUCUCAAUCUCCCACGCAAUAGUUUCGUGCUGUCCAAAUAAUAUAAGUUAAAUCGUAUCCAAGUAUAUUUCCAAAAAAAGUUAUAUCGAAUUAUAAGUUCUACUCAUUGCGAGCCUCUUUCUAUUUUAUUUAGUCAUAAGUAGCAAACUAUGUUGUGGAAAUGGCAUCUCGCGUUAUUUUAAUAGACAUUUAAAAACAGGUUCUUCGCUUGUUUUGUGACUGCAGCAAUAUCGGUGACGAUUCGCGAACGUGUCAGUGCUGUUUCACAUUGCCCUACAAUAAUCGUAUUGAAAACCUGCUCUAUAAUAUAUGUAUAUGGAAUAUUAUGUGGGUACAGACAUCGUAUCGGCUAUUGUGGAACCGCGCCGGCACUUAUCGUCGCUGGAUGCUAUAAUUGCUGUCUUUAUUUUACGAUUGUUUUCAGGGGAAAGCUUCUGUGCUAUUCUUGUUACUUAAAUGCCUGCCAAAUGUCUAGUGUAGGAGUGUUUGCACUCUCGAUUCAAUAUUCAUCAAUUAGAAAUAUUAUAAUAAGUUAUUAUAAAUGUAAUUAUGAAUCUAAACAAGGGAAAUAAUCAUUAUUAGACGUAAGUGCACUUCAAACUGCGUUAAAAGACCUUCACUUGUAUCGUGCCGGAAUCGAUGUCAAAUAUUAUUCUUAAUAAAUAAUGAACUAUUUUCGAAAAUUGUAAUAAGAAUCAUAUAAUAACGCAAAUAAAACAUCUGAGGGUAUCUCGUUUAAGGAAUAGUGUAAGAAUGUUUUAACUUAUCAAAUCAUUGUACCCGUCGUUUUGAGCUUCGAGUUAAUAUAAACAUUAGAUUAAGAUUAUUAAUUUUAAAAUGUCGGCCGAACUAAUUUUAAUUGUGACAAUGAUUGAAAUAUUAUUGCUUUAAGUUAACGUGUCCACUUUUAUGAAACGAGCAUUGAUAGAAUCACUACUUAAAUCAGGCUCAAGAUGCCCUCUUUUUAUUUUACUAGGAUUUAGCAAUAUUGUUAAUUAUUCUACGAAGUGUAGUUUUUAUACGCGAUGAAAGUUAUUUAACCAAAAAGUUUUUGCUGAAUUAGGUACUUACCUGAAUAUUUUAAAACAGACCGCAAGGAACACCGAGUUUUAUUAGUUAAGUAUGUUGUUAGCUGUAGGCGCUCGAACAUCUAUAUUAUAGACGUAAAUGUUAAGAUAUAGCUCCCAAACAAAAACCGCAAUCCCCCUCGAGGCCAAAAAAAUAGGUUGUUAUACCGCCUUUUAGUUAUAAGCUUUUUUAUAUCUUAUUUUUAUCUUGCGGAUAUCUAAUAUCGAUCAUAGUAACUUAUGACUCUUAAAUGUAUUAUGAACUCUUAAAAGGAUUUUAGGAAUCAAGUUAUAUUAUAGAUACCGAUUUUUUUGUAUAUUUGCUGCCGAGAUCCUGAGGAAAAUUUCUUGCAAUUCUGUUGUUUAUACCAAGAUUUUCUUACGCAGAAAUUAAAUAACGUAUCUCAAAAGCAGUGGUUGAACUGUCUCAAUAUACAUUGCUACUAUAACGUUUUAAUCUCAUUAUUCAUUUUUCUUUUCAUUGUGUUUAAAUAAAUUUAUUUGAUUUAAGGUAUCCAGAUAGGAAUCCUGAAAACUUUUUAAGAGGCAUACGAGUAAGUUGCGAGCCUUCACACUUUUAGGAUGUAUUGUUUAAAUUUCUGGUUUAUAAGUCUCGGAUAAAUUGCUUAGUAGUUACACUGAAGAGUAGGAGAUAUAACAUGGGAUGUAUUAUCUCUCCUAAACUUCCUGUAAAUAUCUUCCUAAAAGAAAAUUAGUAAACUUCCUAGUACUUGAUACAAAAGUUUAUACCUAUCGCGUCGAAUGAUCCAUACGACAGUUCCUUCGAGUCUCUUUUGGGUGGACUGAAUUUAAUAAAAUAAUAGAAGAUAUAUAUCUUUACCGUAUUUUUAUUAUUUAAAUGUUACAUUUCUAAAUAAAUUAAUGUGCUAAAGUUAAGUUAUAAAAAAACCGGCCAAGUGCGAGCCGGGCUCGCGCACGAAGGGUUCCGUACCAUUACGCAAAAAACGGCAAAAAAUCACGUUUAUUGAAUGGGAGCCCCACAUAAAUAUUAAUUUUAUUCUGUUUUUAGUAUUUGUUGUUAUAGCGGCAACAGAAUACAUCAUCUGUGAAAAUUUCAACUGUCUAGCUAUCACGGUUCGUGAGACACAGCCUGGUGACAGACGGACAAACAGACAGCGGAGUCUUAGUAAUAGGGCCCCGUUUUUACCCUUUGGGUACGGAACCCUAAAAAUUUCUACAAAUAUAUUACGUGUCAUUCGACGAGAGCGGUAUAGAAAGUUUUUAUAAAAUUCUUGCAUUAAAUUUACUUCUCUUAUCGCCAAAAGUAACUAAAAAUUAUUUUACUAAGUAAAAAUGUGGCUUUCCACCAGAGAAGUGUCCUUAUCAGGGUGUCCACUACAAACCCAGAAAAAAAUCCUGACUUCCCUAAUUUCCCUGACCAAAAAUGCUUACAUUGAAACUUGUUUUCCGUACAAUAUGAACAUGUUUUAAGAAGAUUUUUUUACUCGAAGUCGGUGGCAAACAAGCACACAAUAAGCGGCCACCAUAGAUAGAUAGAUAUUUAAAUAGUGGUUAAUAGUACCUACCGGGCUUUAAGGCUUAAUGCCAAUUUGCGGUUAAAGACCAAAGCUUUCUUUCUUCCUACCCCCAGCAAAUUUACACUGAGGCUAAAAGCUACCUAGCUAACCGGCGAUAGUCCGACCGCCGCAAGACCAAACGCUGAACCACAUCGAAGUUUGAUAGAUCAAAAGGCAAAUAUUUUGUAUGUGUUAAAAUAACCGCCCAUCUGUCCAGUCAAGCAAACACGAUAUAGGGUAAUAACACUUAGAGUUAGACCAAGAUAAGUCUGCAACGAUUUUGAUAGCACACACAGUGCUAGUGUUAUUUUAAAUGGAAUUUUAUUUUUUAUAAUGGAAUUUAAUAAGUGUUAAUUGAAUAAUUUAAUCCUUAUAUUUUAUUAAAUUUUAAUGUUAUAUACCAACUGAAUAAUGAUUGACUUGUAAUAUUUAAAAUAUUAUGAAUAAAUGUCUUAUGUCUAUGGCUAAACGUCAAACUUCUAUGAAAUUAUCACUACAUAGUAUAAAACAAAGUCGCUUUCCGCUGUCUGUUUGUCUGUCCCUAUGUAUGCUUAGAUCUUUAAAACUACGCAACGGAUUUUGAUGCGGUUUUUUUAAUAGAUAGUGAUUUAAGAGGAAGGUUUAUAUGUUUGGAAAGGUUUUGUGUAAAUUGGUUGAACUACCCGUACGAAGCCGGGGCGGGUUGCUAGUAACGUAUAAAUAACACUUACACUAGCUGCGUGUGCUACAAAAUCGUUGCAGACUUAUCUUGGUCUAACUCUAUAACAAAACCAACUUAAAAAGCGAGCGCGAAAUUUUCCGUUACCAAUUACACAAAGCAAAGUGAGCAAAGUUUGAACACGAACAAGUGGUUAAAAGCGACACCGAAAGCCGCCAUGUUUUCGCAUAGGCCAUAGAUAGUACGAUCCGGUUUUUUUUACCUAAUUUUGAACUUGCCUUGAACUUUUUCUUAUUUUUCCCUGACCUGUCUUGAAAUUCUCUGACUUUCCAUGACCAUCAUUUCCGUUCCUGACUUUUCCCUGAUUUUCCAGAAAGUGGACAUCCUGCUUAUGCUUCAUCUGCAAUAAGGACGAUUCUAUAGGUAUAAAAAUUUAUGAAAGAUUUUGUCAGAUCUGUUCUGUGUCAGGUAUCAGCCUAAUAUAGUUAUUUACAAAAAAUAAUUGAGCGCUCGUAACUGUUUUUGCAUAUGUUGCUAUUUUUAUAUUGUAUAGCUAAAAUUAUGUUAUACACCUAUAUGUAUUUAACACCAUAUCUAAUACUGGACCCUCUAGAUCUAGAUACAUGUUUCUGACACGAUAAUGUUUUCAGUGUAUGUAUAGUCCACAUAGUACCUAAUGUGUUAUCUUAGAUUAGUCUCCAGAUUUCUUCGUGCAGGGUAAUUUCAUGGAGUUAUUGAGGUGGUGAGCUGUGGCGAAUAUUGUAAUAGUAGCGCUUAAUCCGCGUAUAAAGAUCGUCCUUAUAUUUAACAUGUCUAAGCCGGUAUUUUUGUCGAGUUUAGUCAAUUCAAGGUAAAAUCGUAUUUCCAUUUUAAUAGGCUAAGUCUAGAUUUUAAUUGUGUACCAUCAAUUACGCACUGUAACUUGUUUCUGAAGUCAUAUUUUACAUAUAAAGUGGCAUUAAUGAUAUCUCCGCCUGAUUGUUAACUAAAUUUGGAACCCGAAUGUUAAUGCACGCAAUUAAAUGAAGUCCAUUGUUUUGUUAUUAAAUGUUAGAUAUAUUGACGCCACAUUAUAUGUAAUGAUAAAAAAUUUGCCCACGUGUUAGCAACAGUAGUAACGACGAACAGCUAAAUUGCCUUAGUGAACUAUUAAUAAAAACUUAGCAAUACUAAAAUCCGAGCGUCUCAUUAACCGCCUUAGAAUGAUUAUACAUAUAAUCCAUGGAAUGAAGUAAACUAAAGUGCUUAUACACAUGUUUAUUAGGCCUUUAAGAUACGGGAUUAUAACGAUGCAGAAUAGUAGGUACGAUAACUCUAAAAUAGUGUAAAUGUAAUAUGUAGUCGUUGUCGGCACUUUCUGCCUUUCUAUUGUAUUUAUUGGCAAACUACUGUUUAAAAUGAAAUCUUGUUCUUUUCCGUUUGAAUAAUUCUGCCAUGCAUCAGAAAAUGUUAGCGGAGUUCGCCGUAAAUCCGGAUUAAUUCCGCAUUCUUCGCACUUGGGAUUUGUUCUAGCAGGAUGUUCCAUAUGUCAAAAUGAUAUAGAAAAAUUACAAACGUUUUUAUACCUAUAUUUCCUCGCUUUAAAGCAUUGCCACAUGAACGCGCGCGAAGAAUUGUAUUCACUUCAAGUUCUUGAUUUUGAAUAAGAAUUGAGGACUUACCAUAGACAUCGAAAUUUUGUUAUCCGACUCUCUCUUUCUAUUGCUCUUGCACAUUCGAGUAAUAUAGCGGCAGAUAACGUUCGAGGUAGGCCCUCUGAGCGACAAACGCGGCAACUCGACGCGAUGCGUGACUUUCUGUUACUCUGUCAAAUGCUCCAAAUGUCAAAUAAACGAUUACCGCACUAAGGUCCAUUUUCCCAGACAUUGCAACUUUUAACACAUUUUAAACUUUCGCGGUUUGAACACAUAUUAAAUCACAUUUACAAACGGUAACGGUAUUUAUGUCGGUAAAUAAAGGUAACAAAAUAAAUUCGCGAUAGACCCGUUUGUAAAUGUGAUUUAAUAUAUUGCAACUUUUACCUAACAAGUAAUGUGACGUCCCCCUUUUUAACCGACUUCAAAAAAGGCGGAGGUAAUUUGCACUAAACUGGUAUUCAGAGGUAGAUAGAGGGAAGUGAUGUUAAAAAUAUAAUAUUACCGUUAUGGUAUUAAUCGACCAAUAUUUAUGAAUGUUACAUUUUGAAAAUAAAAUGUAACAUGGUUCUGUCUACUCUCUUCAUUUUUUGUUUACAAAACAUAUUUUUUCAAACUUCUGUGCGUUCUGUUUACUGUGAUUCUGAAUAUCACUACCACUACUACCAGUCUACCACAGUAAACAACUGUAUUUAAUAGUAUUUUAUACAAUCGUGAUAUAAUAGAGAGCUUUUCAGUCGAGUACCGUGUUUAAGCAACGAAGCUUGCUGAGUUGCUUAAGUUAAGGUACGAGAUUGAAAAGCUUGAUUAUAUCACUAUUGUAUACAAUACUUUUUCUACGAGACUAAAAAAUAAUACUUUCAACUAAUAAAAUCAUAUAGGUAAACAAACCAAAAGUAUACAGCUAAAAUACGCGAUCUGCCGCAGCCCGCGAUACCUUCAUACAGUUCAUACCGAUGCCCCGGCCGCCGGGCCCGGUGCCCCCGGCGGUUUGGUCAACGACACGUCCUCGUAACUCAUGAGGCCCUGGUACCUGCUCCGCGCUUAGUUCAAUUUUAAGACAGUUUUUUUCUCGAUUUUGCCCACCGUAGCCUAUGGAGACUAACAAGCAACGCUAAGUGGUUUUCGUAGGGUAUGGAUGUUGCUAUAUGAAGGGUGUCACAUGCGCGUUUCUGACUUAUAAAGCAAUUGUUUCUACUACAACAUAAAAUAAAAUGUUUUUGUUGGCCAACAAAUCACACAGCAGAUGCAUUAAAUCGAGUCUCCUCGAAAUGUAUGAAGUUCUAUUUUCAAAAAUUUUAUAAUUGACUAAACCGUAUCGAUAAAAUUCUUAUGCUUGAGUCGGAAGUGCCAUAGACUAUCCAACGUUGAAAAGAGUAAGGUUGUAGUGUUGCAUGUGAAGUUGUAAUACACAGAUUAUACUCGACGAGUAGAAAAAAUAAAUUAUAUUACACCAUGCAAGAAAUAAAGCACCAGAAGAUUAAUAGAGAAACGCAGACAACAGUUCUUUUUAGACAUAAUUUCUAUUUUAAAACCCGUAUAAAACUAUAAAGAGUAUUUGAUCGUGACGUCACAUGAUAGCGUUUCAUAUAAAUUCCGUAUUAGCAAAAUCGUUUUGACAGUUCGAAAAAAGAAACUGAUUUGACUAGUAAAGUAAUAUAUGAUCAUUGUCAAGAGGGCGCUGUUGUUGUGCAUGUAUAGGGUGACAGUUCAGUAUAGUAUGAAAAAAUUAGUUCCAGUGAAAUUCCGCAACAUGGCGCGUGAUCAUAUAUUCAUGGUCAGGCUUUAGUCAAAUAAUCAGCAUAGAGUCGAGUCGCGUUUUUAAAAGGGGCGGUGCAGGAUGGCAGAAUUAUUCUUAUUUCUUACCAUUAUUAUUUUAUAUGGAGGCAAUUUUCUUCUUACAUACAAAGAAGCUUACCAAGGACUAUUAUUUCUUUUGAUUAAUAUUAAAUGUGACAAAACUAAGAACCCUUUCUCUGGAUCAAAGUAGUUAAUAUUAAUUAAUAUAUGUAGUAUUUAUAUUUUUACAGAUUCUGGUUUAUAUAGAUGAGGAAGUGGACAGAUUCAGUAGUAGGUAUAAAAUGUGUAAUGAAAACCUUGUAUAAUGACAGUGCAAAACAAUCCCCGGCAGAAUGCAAUAAAUAAGUAAAUCAAAAGUACUUUAUUAGUCAUAAUUAUGAAUGUCAUAUAUUGAUCAUAUUUCUGUGGAUGUAAUUAUACCAUUAACGUAGUAGUAAUAAAUACAGUUAAUGAAUUGCGAGAUAUGUGUAUGGGUUGUAAUACAAUCUGUUUAUUAAA